UCUGCGGUCUGCUUUCGGCAGAUUCUAUCGGCACGCUCAUGGUUUUGGUCCGGCGGUGCUUGAACACGGCAGACUGUGAGAAGGAGGAGAAAGACGAACAAGAGGAAAAACUCUGGCAGCGCCGUUCUGGAGUUGGACUUGCAGCGUGAAAGAAAAAGUCCAGAGGCACAUCUGCAACUUCGCCAGAGGAGAAGAGACUUUUCCCGAAGAUACUUUUAGGACGAGAACAAGCGGGGAAUCAGCCUAAAACAAGUAUUCCGUCUCCAUGAGGUGUUGAGGAAUGAGCCAUCAUCAUGGAAACCCAAUCCCAGGCCAGUUCAGCAGCUGAGAAGAAGAAGAGGGUGGAAACCAUUGUAGCGACCAAAGGAUCAUCAGCGCGCAAUGACAUUAGUGAGAAGGCGGUGGCUUCAAGCACCACCUCAAAUGAGGAUGAGAGUUCAGGCCCACCUUAUCACCGCGAGAGGAGGAACGCCAUCAGCUCCGAGGCCCCUACGACAGGUGCACCCGACCGGAGUGUGACCGAGGAGCCCUCCACCUCCACAGAAGAGCGCCCCUCCCAGCUGAAGAAGGAGCUGCACAGUACCCUGCCACACCUGCCCGAACAUGCCCUGCCAUACCGGGGCACGCUGUUCGCCAUGGACCCCCGAAAUGGUUACCUGGACACACACUAUUCCGCUCCACAGUUCUUCCCCACCUUCCACCCGCCCGUGCCCAUCGACGACAGACACGCCCAGGGCCGGUACAUCUACGAGCCUUCCCCCGUGCCCCCGCUCCACGUGCCUCCGGUGCUGGCGGGAAGUCCAGCUUUCUCUGAUAUCUCCCUCAUCCGGAUCUCUCCCCAGCGGAACCCUUCGGUGGGGGCGGAGUCACCCUUUCACCCUCCGCACCCCUACAUCAACCCCUACAUGGACUACAUCCGCUCGCUCCACAGCAGCCCCUCCGUCUCCGUGCUGUCCCGGGGCCUCAGUCCGGCAGAUGCCCCUCACACAGGCCUCACCACGGCGGAGUACUACCACCAGAUGGCCUUGCUGGCUGGACACAGGAGCCCGUACGCGGCCGACCUCCUGCCCUCCGUGGCCUCCACAGCCGGGGCCGCAGGAGCCAGCGCCCUACACAUGGAGUACCUGCAGGCCAUGGACAGCUCACGGUUCCCCAGUCCUCGGCUCCCAUCACGGCCCAGCAGGAAGCGGCCCCUGCCCAUCUCACCCCUGUCUGAGCACAGCUUUGACCUCCAGACCAUGAUCCGCAACUCACCCAACUCCCUGGUCACCAUGCUCAACCACUCACGCUCCAGCUCGUCCACCAGCGGCUCCUACGGACACCUCUCUGCAGGCGCCAUCAGUCCCGCCCUGAGCUUCGCCUACCCUCCCACCCCUGUGGCCCUGCACGUCCACCAGCAGCUCAUGAGCAGACAGCCGGGCAUCGUGGGCUCUGCUUUCGGACACAGUCCUCCUCUCAUUCACCCCACCCCCUCUUUUGCCACGCAGCGCCCUGUACCAGGCAUCCCACCCCCGGGCCUGAGCGCCAGUGAACGCGCCGCCCUCUCCAAUGACUCCUCGCAGACUAAACCAACCAGUGAAUCGGCCGUGAGCAGCACCGGAGACCCCAUGCACCACAAGCGCUCCAAACUCAAGCCCGAAGAGCAGCUGCCCAGCCCGGGCACGCUCAGUGUCCAGGACCAUCCAGAUGGCAUGACGCUGGUGAAGGAAGAAGGGGACAAGGACGAGAGUAAACAGGAGCCUGAGGUGGUCUACGAGACCAACUGUCACUGGGAGAACUGCUGCCGCGAGUUCGACACACAAGACCAGCUAGUCCAACACAUAAACAACGACCACAUCCACGGGGAGAAGAAGGAGUUCGUGUGCCGCUGGGAGGAGUGUUCUCGGGAGCAGAAGCCCUUCAAGGCGCAGUACAUGCUGGUGGUCCAUAUGAGGCGCCAUACGGGGGAGAAGCCACACAAGUGCACGUUCGAGGGCUGUGCGAAGGCCUACUCACGUCUGGAGAACUUGAAGACUCACCUGAGGUCUCACACUGGAGAGAAGCCCUAUGUGUGUGAGCACGAAGGAUGUAACAAGGCCUUCUCCAACGCCUCAGACCGAGCCAAGCACCAGAACAGGACUCACUCCAAUGAGAAACCUUACGUGUGCAAAAUCCCCGGCUGCACCAAACGCUACACCGACCCCAGCUCUCUCCGGAAGCACGUCAAGACAGUGCACGGGCCCGAAGCUCACGUCACCAAGAAGCAGCGCGGAGACUACCCCCACCCACGCCCCCCACAGCCCAGAGAGCCAGGGGCCCACGGGCAGGGCCGCUCACCUGGCUCCCUGCCUCUGGGGCCCUUCUCCGACCAAAGGGAGUACAAUCACGCUACCUCAAAACAGGACGACUGCCUGCAGGUCAAGUCCAUCAAGACUGAGAAGCCCAUGACGUCUCAGCCAAGCCCUGGCGGUCAGUCUGCAUGCAGCAGUGAGCAGUCCCCCGUCAGCUCCUAUCCCAGCGGUGGAGUCCAGUUUGCUGUGAGUGUGGGGGGCCUGGCAGGGGAGGGGCUGGAGGAGGACGAGGAGAGAGAGGAGGAAGAGGAGGCAGAGGACGAGUGUGAUGGAGAGGGAGCGCCCAUCAUGGACUCCACCGUGUCCACGGCAACAGCCGCCAUGCUGACCCUGCAGGCGCGCCGCAGCCUGGGCCGGCCCCUCCGCUGGAUGGAGCAUCUCAAGAUGGAGCGACUGAAGCAGGUGAACGGAGGUCUGCCCAGGCUGUCCCCCACACCCCCACCCAGAGCCCCCGCACCACCUGCACCCAUGGGCAAGGGGCCGUGUGAAUCUCGCCCGUGGCCGGUGUCAGAUCUGGGCAGUACAGAGCUCACGGUGCUGAGCUUGUGGAGGGACCGUCGGGACAGCAGUGGCAGCGCGGCCAGCUCGGCCUACCUGAGCAGCAGCCUCUCCCCCUGCCUCUCCAGCCGCCGCUCCAGCCAGAACUCCACCCACCAGCGCCUCCACAACCGCAGCUCCACCGACUCCUACGACCCCAUCUCCACCGACGCCUCGCGCCGCUCCAGCGAGGCCAGCCAGUGCGGAGGGGCAGGGGGCCAGGGGGGGUACUCUGGGGCAGGCUUAGGGGGCUCCCGAGGGUCUCUGAGUCUGACCCCGGCUCAGCACUACCACCUAAAGGCCAAGUACGCCGCAGCUACAGGGGGUCCGCCCCCCACUCCUCUGCCCAACAUGAAGCCUCGCCUGGGGGCCAUGGAAGACAACUCCAACCACCUGCCCCCUCUGGUGAGGCCGCAACGCUGCAGCGACACCAGUGCUCACAUGGGCGCUCACGUGAGUGCUCAUGUGGGUGCUCACAUGGGUGCUCAGGUGGGCUACAGGAGGAGGGUGCCUUACCCCGGGGAGGGGCCCGUGAGUGGCGCCCGCAGAGCCAGUGACCCUGUGCGGACACAAGUGUAUGAUUCUGGAAACUUGCCCCCAAUGCAGCGUUUCAACAGCCUUAACAACCUCCACCCUCUGCCCCCCCUCUCCCACCACCCAGCCCCUGACCCCCGCCUCAGCCUGCACUACGCUGGUGCAGAGGGCAGCUCACAGCAGCCCCCCACCCCCAGCAUCGCGGAGCAGGCCGCUCUGGAGGCUCUGGCCAUGGAGGACGGUGGGGCAGGGCUGCUGCUGGGAGAAGAGUGCAUCCUCCCCGAUGAGCUGGUGCAGUACCUGCACUCACAGGCCCAGGCAGAAGGGGACUACCUGCAGCUCCAGGACCAAGCAGCAGUGAGUCAAAGGGACUUCUGUCAGCCACAAGGGGGCGCUCUGGGACAGAGCGUGGUGUUCCCUCAGCACCAGGGAACAGAGAGAAGGAGUCCCAGCAAACUGCCCAUCCAGUGGAACGAGGUGAGCUCUGGCAGUGCGGACAUGUCUCCAGAGAGAGGACCUUACCCUCAGUGUGAGAGGUGGCCCAGUGCAGAGCACAAACCCUUUGGACGUUUCUCCAACAUGGUUGUCCAACAGUGCCCCCCAGAGCUCCAGAGCCCCUGUGCCCAGAGCUCCUGCAGUGUGGCCCCAGUCGUGAAGACGGAGUCAUCUCGGCUCCCGUGUAUGGAGCUGAGAGGCUCCAUACACGGGACAUACAAUAGUCUAAACUUUAAACAGCAGUCUGCUCAUGGACCUCAGAAGCAGAACUACGCAGCCUCCUGUCAUGUGGGAAACAAUCUGGUACUAAACAGAACCAUGGACAACCUGUGUGCACUGUCCCAAAGCUCAGGGCCUCCCCCCCACAGGCUGCCCUUCGUCCCCCGCCCCCCGGCCCAUAGCAGGAACCACUCUGUGCGCAGCUACAACUCCCAGAGCUCUGAGAGGCCCGAGGGACUGCACCGUCUGCAGGGGGUCCUUCCACACAGGAGUCGGACCAGCUGCCCCGCACCUCUGCAGGGGUCUGGGGUCAAACUGGAGGCUCCGGACGAUGGAUACCUGGAGCAGGGCUUUGGGGAACUCUCCUUUGAGUGUGUGGAGAAACCGUCUCUGUGCCCUGUGCUGGAGGACCAGCUCGGCUCUGUGGAGGAGGGCACGGGACAGGAGGCCCUCCUCUCCCCCGCCUCAGACCAGGUGACCAGCACAGUGGAGGCCUCGGUGGGGGUCCUGGACGAGGCUGUGAGUCUGGACUUUGGGCUGAUGCUGGAGGACUAUGACCAGGGCAGUCUGGUGUCAGGGGUGCUCAGCCCCUCCAUGUUCCAGGGAGCGUCCAGGACAUCGUCCAGACUCACCACGCCUCACAGCUCUGCAGCCUACUCUUCUGGGGCCCCUGGUGCUACUAUGGGCCCUGUGGCCCCUAUGGCCCCUGGACUGAACAACAUGGCCAUAGGGGACAUGAGCUCACUGCUCUCCAGCCUGGCGGAGGAGAGCAGGUUCCUGGCCAUCCUCCAGUAGCCUGAGCCCGUCUGCUCUGGCCUCACGUGGACUGACACAAGGACACGCUCUGGUGUAUGUGAAGAUAUGAACUUUUAUUAAAUGUUUAUGAAUUUAUACAAAUGUAAAAACAGGCCAUUGCCAAACCAUAUAUUUUGUAAAUUGUCAUCCCACAGAUUUGGGAUGUAACAAAGUGUAUAGAGAAAUGUUAUAUUCCUUUUAUGGAAUGAAGGCAGAUUUGCAGAAGCCUUUGUUUGUAUGACAGUAUGAGCUGAGCCUAAGUCCUCUAACAGUAUUUGUGUAUCCUCACUGUUCCUGUUCACACUGGUGACCUGCAUGAAACCACAGAGACACACUGAGCGCACAGACACAGCUCUGUCCAGGACCAUCUUCUGUUUAUGUUCUGUGCUCCAGACCUUUGGUGAUCAUCAUAGUAACUCUCCACCCUGUGUACGAGGCCCCGCCUCCACACUCCUCCUAAAGUCUGCAAGGCUUCUUUUAGUCUGGUCUGUGUGCUACUGGUCACGGACUCUGGUCAGGGACUUUGGUCAGGUACUCCUGGUCAGGUACUCUGGUGUACAGUGUACAUUCAUACAGUUUUAUUCUCUGCUCUUCUCGACAGUAGAUGGACAUUUCCUCUGGUGUCUGAAGAGGCUUGAAGUCAUUGGUGCUUUGGUGCAGACUUAAAUAGUACUUAAUGUUUGUCUUCUGACCCACAGGUCCACAGCACAUCCCAUACUACUGUCCCAGUGACCAUGUUUUUGUUUUUUUAUAAAAAACAUUUUGUAUAGUUUUCUCUAAAGCUCUUAAAUCCUUGUACUGCCAGUACUGCAGUAACAGUGGACAGUGUUAUUACUCUGCAGGUGCAGACUGCAGUAUUCAGUAGUUUACCUUCAGCGUUUGAGUCCGGUGAGGUACUAUGAUUUUUGUUGUUUUUUUCUUAUUUUGGUACUUGAGAUUGUGCAUUGUUUGUUGAAUCGUUUCCUUUAGACAAAGGGAAUUCCAUUGAGACGUGUGCCUUAUGUAUCUGCCUGUCCGUAACUCAGUAUCACUGCCAACCCACCAUUGUGAAUCCUGAAAUGUACAGAGUCCCAUAGGCCGAAAACGAUACACAUGUUGUGACAUUUCUAUGAGAGAAGUGUGCUCCGCCGAGGUUUGCAAAAAGCAUUGUAUUGUAUUUUGUUUUGUACUUUGUGUUCACAUGUAUUGUGCUCUUUUCUACGUACUGUGUACAUACAUUAUUGUGUAGAUUUAGCAGAAGAUGAUGAUCAUGGGGCCAAGAAGCUGUCUGAAAAAAAAAAAAAAACACCACCAGAGA